AUGAGCAGUAGAAGAGCAAUAGGUAUUGAUUUGGGUACAGUAUAUUCAUGUGUUGCUGUAUUUCAAAAUGGCAAUGUUGAGAUCAUUCCUAAUGAACAAGGCAAUAGAACAACACCAUCAUUUAUUACAUUCACCAAUAAUGAACGUUUGAUUGGCGACGAAGCUAAAAAUCAAAUAUCUAUGAAUCCAAAGAAUACAAUUUUUGGUUUUAAACGACUUAUCGGUCAUAAAUUUGAUGAUGCAACUGUACAAGCUGAUAUGAAACAUUGGCCAUUUAAAGUAAUUAAUGAUAGAGAUAAACCAAAGAUUCAAGUUGAAUAUAAAAAUCAAAUAAAAUUAUUUACAUCUGAAGAACUAUCUUCAAUGAUAUUAGCCAACAUGAAGGACAUAGCAGAAAUUUAUGUCGGUAAAAAAAUUUCUGAAGCUGUUAUUUCUGUUCCAGCUUAUUUUAAUGAUUCACAACGUCAAGCUAUCAAAGAUGCUGGUGCUAUUGCUGGUCUUAAUGUAUUACGUAUUAUAAAUGAAUCAACAACAGCUGCUAUUGCUUAUGGUUUCGUUAAAAAAAUUUCAGGUGAACAAAAUGUAUUAGUUUUUGAUUUGGGUGGUAGUAAUGUUAAUGUAACAAUUUUAAAUAUUGAAGAAGGUAUCAUUGAAGUUAAAUCAACAACUGGAAUCAAUAUUAAAGUAUUUGAAGGUGAAAAUUCAAUGACGAAAGAUAAUAAUUUACUUGAUAGUUUUGAAUUCUCUGACAUUUCACUAAAUUCUGGUGAUGGAUUAGAGAUUGAGGUUACAUUUGAUAUCGAUGCAAAUAGUAUUUUAUUGGUUUCAGUUAGUGAUAAAACUUCUGGAAAAGAAAAAAGAAUUACAAUUACAAAUAAAAAAGAAUGUUUAUCUAAAGAUGAAAUUGAAUAUAUGAUUUCUGAUGCUGAAAAAUAUAAAAAAGAAGAUAAGAUACGACGUAAUCGUAUUGAAGUUAAAAAUUCAUUAGAAUCAUAUUGUUGUAACAUGAAAACAACAAUUAAUGAUGAAAAAUUGAAAGACAAAAUUAAUAUUUAUGAUAAAAAGAAAAUGCUUAAUGCUCUUGAAAACAUAUUGACAUGGUUAGAAACAAAUCAGUUUGCUGAACAAGAAGAGUUUGAAAAUAAACUAAAUGAUGUUGAAAAAUUAUGUUCAUCAAUAAUGAAGAAACCUUAUUUAGAUGAAAAUGAUACUGGAAAAAUGUCAGGAGAAUUUUCUCAUGGUGAACCAAGUGAAAUCGAAGGACAUGAAAACAUACCUCUCUUAUUCUUAGAAGAUGCUGUCAAACAUUUGGAGAAUAUGAUUCCAAAUGUAAGACGAAAUGCAUGGAUUGCGAAAGAGAGAUCUAUUACUGUUGCUAAUGGACUUACUCAAGAUGAAUCAGCUGCUAUUCAAUUGUAUACAAUGGAAUGGAUACCAAGUGAUCAAUCAUUCUACAUUCAUAUCAAUACUGCUUUACGAGAAGCAAAUCGAGAUAAACUCAUUCCAUUUCUCUCCUAUCUAAAACUUGUUCUAACAGCUCUAUGGAAACUUCCAUCAAUGAAAACAACAGUAUGGAGUGGUGUUAAAGGUGACUUAAGUACUCAAUAUCCAAUUGGCAAAGAGUUCGUCUGGUGGGGAUUCAGUUCCUGCAGUGAAUCACGUCAAUUUCUUGAACAAGAGAAGUUUCUAGGCAAGACAGGUGUAAAAACAUUAUUUCGUAUCGAAUGUGAAACUGGCAAGUCUAUCCGUGCUCAUUCAUAUUGCAAAACAGAAGAUGAAAUUCUUCUUUUACCAGCUACACGAAUGCGAGUAAUCAGUCAAAUGGAUUCUAGCAAUGGUGCAGUUGUUAUUCAUUUGAAAGAGAUUAAAUCUCCAUUUCCUUUACUUCAAUCACCAUUUACUUAA